CCAAAACCAUUUGCUUACAAUGGCAAUGGCAUCAUCCAAAACUUCAACUCCUUCUCUCUUCGCAAUCACUACCCUACUCCUCUUCAUCCUCCUUUCUCUCCUCUCCUACGCAAAAGCCUCAGAAACCCACCACAAAAAAACAUCUUCUUAUGAGUUCCUUGAACAUCUCAAAGGGUGUCACAAGGGUGACAAAGUUCAAGGCAUCCAAAACCUCAAAAUAUACCUUGAAAAGUUUGGUUACUUGAAUGGCAAUACCAACAAUGAUGACUACUUUGAUGACGAACUGGAGUUGGCCAUCAAAACUUACCAAAUCAAUUACCACCUUAAGGUCACCGGAACAUUAGAUGCGAAAACCGUAAAGAAAAUGGAGAUACCUCGAUGUGGUGUGCCGGAUAUCAUCAACGGUACCACCUCCAUGAGAUCAGGAAACAAAAGGGGAGGACAUGGUUCAACUCACACAGUUGGUCAUUACGCUUUCUUCCAAGGAAACCCAAAAUGGCCUGCCAAUAAGUAUCACCUCACCUAUGGUUUUCUUCAAGGCACCCCAUCUGAGGCUGUGGGCGCAGUUGCACGUGCUUUUGCAACAUGGCAGGGCAACACACACUUCACGUUCAGCCAAGCCCAAAGCUUUGAGAGCGCUGAUCUGAAGAUCGGUUUUGGGAGGGGUGAUCAUGGAGAUGGGGCUAAUAAUGCAUUUGAUGGCCCAGGUAAGACCAUAGCCCAUGCUUUUCCGCCGUCUGAUGGGAGAUUUCACUAUGAUGCUGAUGAGACGUGGGUGGUGGGCGCUGUGCCGGGUGGUUUCGACUUGGAGACUGUGGCUUUGCACGAAAUUGGACACCUUCUUGGACUUGACCAUAGCUCUGUUUCAGGAGCUGUCAUGCAAUCUCAAAUUCCUUCGGGAUAUACCCAAAGUUUGCAUGCGGAUGAUGUUCAAGGAAUUAGAGCUUUAUACAACACUUGAUCUUGAUGACGAUCAGGUCAUGAAGAAUGUUUUUAUGUUUUUAUGUUUAUCAAAUCAGGUAUCUCACCUGGAGU